AUGAGUGGUCGGGACCCACCCACACUCCUGCAUCUGGCAGUGCAGAGCCUGCUGAGGGACGAAGCCCUGGCCAUCUCUGCUCUGCAGUUCCUGCCCAGGGUGCUGUUCCCACCACUGUUCAAGGAAGCCUUCAACCACGGACAAAGUAACAUUCUGAGGGCUAUGGUAGCAGUUUGGCCGUUCAGCUUCCUUCCCGUGGGGACCCUCAUGAAGACUUCCCACCUGGAGACCUUGCAGGCAGUCCUGGAUGGAGUAGACAUGCUGCGAACACAGAAGGUGCUCCCCAGGAGGGGGAAGCUCCAGGUGCUCGACUUGAGGAAUGUGCAGCACAACUUCUGGGAUGUUUGGGCUGGCACAGAGGAUGGAGAGUGCUCUGCAGAGGCUGUGGGUAAGAAGCAAGCGGUGAAGCGCUCUCCUAGAUACGCCCUGAGGCAGCGUUUGAAGGUGGUCGCAGACCUUUGCCUCAGGUUCCAUCUGAAUGAACAGCAAACAUACUUGUUACAGUGGGCCCAGCAGAGAAGAAGUUUCAUCAGGCUGUGCUGUGUGAAGAUGCAGAUAUGGGCAUUGCCCGUGUACACUGUCAGGAAAGUCCUGAUGGUUUUCCAGCCUGACAGCAUCCAGGAGUUGGAACUGAAUACAGGUUGGAGUCUGUCCACUCUGGUGCAUUUUGUAUCUUACCUGGACCAGAUGAGAAAUCUUCAAAAACUCCUUUUAACACGGAUCCACAAGAACACCUUUAAGGUUCUAAAUACCCCCUCAGACAUACAGAAGUGUAUCACUAAGUUUGUUUCUCAGUUCUCUAAACUCAACUGUCUGCAGCAUCUCUCCAUGAAUGGCGUCUACUUUUCCAGUGAGCACAUGAAACAGUUGUUCAGGUACCUGAAGACCCCUUUGGAGACCCUAUCCAUCACUGUGUGCAAGCUUUCACAGUUAGACUUGAAUUCCUUGUCCCAGAGUCAGAGUCUCCAUCAGCUGAAACACCUGAAUCUGAGGCUUGUGAAAUUAAUUGACCUAUAUCCUACACCUUUCCGUGAUCUCCUAAACAGUGUUGCGGGCACUCUGCAGACCCUAGAGUUGGAGGGCUGCUGGAUGGUGGACUCUCAGCUCAUUACCCUCCUGCCUGCCCUGAGCCAGUGCUCCCAACUCACUAGGGUCAAUUUCUAUGACAAUGAUAUCUCCAUGGCUGUCCUGAAAGACCUUCUAUAUCACACAGCCAACCUCAACCAGCUGAUCCAAGAGCUGUACCCCGCCCCUCUAGAAUGCUAUGAUGACAGGGGUGAUGUCCAUGUGGGAAGAUUUGCUAAACUUUGUCCUGAGCUCAUGGAUACACUGAUUACUGUCAGGCAGCCCAAGAGAGUCUCCUUUGCUACACACAUGUGUCACAAAUGUUGUCAGCGCUGUAUCUAUGACCUGGAGGCCAGACUUUGUCAUUGUUGGCAGUAAGUGGGGAAGGUUGCUUCUUGAUACUGAGAAUUGAAAACCUAGCAAUAGGUAUUUCAUCAAGGGUGUGAGUGAUUUCCUUGCACAUAUGCAUGCUUGGUGCUUGUGGAGGUCAGAUGAAGGAUUGGAUUUCCUGGAAUUGGAGUUACAGGUGGCUGUGAACUACCGUGUGGGGCUGGGAAUCUAACCUGGGUCCUCUGUAGGAACAGGCACUCUGAGCUGCAGAGCUGUCUCUCUAGCCCCAGUUUUGCAUUUUCUAAAAGGGUUUUGCCAGGACAUGAUCGUAAGUGACUUUCUCCUACAUGGCGGUUUAGAGGAAGGGUCUGAUUUUUUUGACUGGGUGUUCUGGUGUCCUUCCAUGCCAUUAACCUGGAUUCAGUGCCAUGGUUUUCUUUUGAUUCUUGAGCUCGAAAGACCCUGUGUUCUCUGACCCCUUG